AUGGCUCAGCCCAUUCGUCCCUUACUUGAUGAGUUAUUAAGCUGUACCGAUACAGAGUUUCCCGAUAAAUUGUUGGCAAACGUGAAAUGGGAUAGACCCAAGGGCGAUCUUUUGCAUUGGAUCCCCAUCCUCGACAGAAUCGAUGAUACUUUGGCCAGCUACAUAAAAGACCACGAUUUGGAAAACGAGUUCCCCAAAUUACGCAUUAUUCCUGAAAAAGAUGUUUAUGUGAUUUGCGCGUGUCUAGAGUUCACCAAGACGCUAUUGAGAAACUGUUCAGAUAUCCAGAUAUACUCAAGCGCAGAGAGAAUUUAUGCAUUAAUAAAUACACCAACUAUUGACGUUAGGCUAAAAGCAUUGGAAAUUGCCGUUAUGUUGGCAGAGAAAUUUGUCGUUUCAGGUUCUUCUAGAUUUUCUGCACCAAAAGUGGUGAAAAAUAGAGUUUUGGAACUUGCAAGGUCAUAUCCACCAUUGGUGCCAUUUGAUUGCGAAGUAAGACACUUGGAGGAAGAAGAAGAAAAAGAGGAAGAAGAAGAAGAAGACGAAGCAAAAGCAAAAGCAAAAGCAAAAGCAACAGCAACAGCAACAGCAACAGCAACAGAAGCGGAAGUGAAAGUGGAAGAAGAAGAAGAUGAAGAAACGGACGAAGAAAAAGCAAAUAAAAAAGAUGAAGAAGAAGAGGAAGAGGAAAAGGAAGAGGAAGAGGAAGAGGAAGAGGAAGAGAAAAAGAACCAAAAGGAGGAUGAAGGGGAGCAAGAGAAAGACAAUAAAUCCACCGGGAAACCAAGUAUUAUCGGUGACCAUUAUAAUUUUGUUGAUACCUUGAGACGUGAUAAGAAAUUACCCCAAAAAUGGAAAAGUAUACAUUUUCAAUACUACAAAUCAAUCUUGGCGCAUCAAAAAGAUGCUACGGCUCUACCCAAACAAGUUCUGGAAUCAAAAUCGGAUAAUUUGGUGGUGUCUGAGGGAUUACAAGUAUUUUCCAUUCCUGAAGAGUCGGUGGCGAAAAUGACAUUAGAACAAAUAUUUGCCAAAGGAACUGAAGCAUUGCCCAAAUCAUCAUGGUUUUCUUUUGGUAUUGCUGCAGAGGUGGCAAAAUCUUUCAACACUCAAUCUAACGAGGCGUUUCAAUUGCGAGAAAAGUUGAUUCGGAUUAAGGCCUAUGCCACGGGGUAUACGUGUUGUAUGUUGUCCAAUCAACAUACUUCGUCGAGGCUACUUGAAGCAGAACCCUAUGUCUUCAGUUUCUUGGUUGAUGCAAUCCUGCCAGAGAAUAGCAAGUUUGUUUCUAAGGAUGUACUUGUGGCAGCACUAACUGCACUUAACUGCAUAUCUAUGAAAAAGGCAUGGACUGGGGAUAUCAUGAGGUGUAUGGGAGGAAAUGUAAGCCAUGGUGUAUUGUUCCAAUGUUUGAGACGCAUCAAACGUUUGGUUGCCUCGCAACAAGAUGAUUUCGAUGAAGAUGCUUAUGCAUUGUUUUUUGGUUUAGUUAGUCAUAUGAUUAAAACAAAGAGUUUGUUACCUCGACUCAUUUCAGGAGGCCUACUUGAAGACCUCAUACCCUUUUUGGGGUUGGAAACGAAGUAUAAAUGGACAUGUUCAUCUGCUAUACACUUGCUUGCUUUAUACUUGUCAGGUGCACCUGAUUCUCUUGAUGCAUUUAUUGCAAGCAAUGGGUUUACGAUGCUUAUAGACUCAAUAAAAAAAGAAGUGAACUUUAACAUAAACCUGCGAGAGUUUUCUGGUUCAAAUUCAGAUCCAGAUUUGGAAAAAAAGUUCCCGCCAUACACCAAGAUUCCUUCAAAACGAGCUUCGUAUUUGAGAAAUUUGCUAAAAUUGGUUGCUGACCUUUUGAACUCAAAUCAUGGUGACAGACUUCGAAACUUAUUUGACUCUCCGUUAUUAGAAAGCUUCAACAGUAUAAUUACUCAUCCACUUAUAUUUGGACCGCAGAUAUUAGCUUACACUAUCGAUUCUAUUUUUUUCAUCAUUCAUAAUGAACCAACAGCUUUUUCGAUUUUGAAUGAGGCAAAAGUUAUUGAUACGAUUUUGGAUAAUUACAAGUCCUUAUUUCUUCCCUCGGGCCAGUUGCUAAUAUCCUUAGCAGAAGUUCUAGGAGCCAUAUCUUUAAACAAUUCAGGGCUAAUGAAGGUGACAAAUAAGCAAAGUAUAUCAACUUUCUUCAAAUCAUUUUACGAUGAUGAUAUUGCCAAGGUUUUGGUGGAAUCUGAUAUGUCUACGAAUCUUGGCUGUUCAUUUGAUGAAUUAGGUAGGCACUAUCCAUCUCUAAAGCCUAUCAUUUUGGAUGAAACGUUGGAUCUCGUUAAACAGAUGACUGAGUAUGCUGGUAACAAGUUGAAUGGAAUCGAAUUUUACACUUCCUCUGCAGGCUCAUUGUACAGUUCCAAAGACGACACCACUCCAAUUAAAAACGAUGAUGAUGAUGAUGAUGAUGAAAAUAAUAAUAAUAGGAAGGAUUUCAUUAAAAAUUGGGAUAACGCAAAUUCUGCUUUUUUGGUUGAUAAUGUUUAUUUCUUCCUUAGUGGUUUAUUCCAAGACAGCGGGCAAUGGGGUACGGAUGCAAUCGAACAAUCCAACUCCGAUAUAUGGAUCAAGUUACUAACAGUACCUCGUGCUCCCUUUGACUAUUUCUUGUCUAAUGGAAUAUCCUCAUAUUUGGGAGUUUUGAAAUACUUUGAUGAGGAAGAGAUAAAUUAUGGUUUACCAAAAGUCAUUUCUUAUUUGUCGACUGCUUUGGAAGACGAGCUAGUUGUUCGUUAUAUUAAUUUCGAAGGAGAGGUUUCAUUUUUUCAAACAAUAAGUAUCGAUGAAGCGUCCAUGCUAAUUGAGCAGUUGUAUAAAAUCAACUUGUUGUUGUUCACAUUGACAAAAAUUUAUUUGAACUUGGGGCUUGUCGUCAAUGAUAGAAUUCGCCAAAUUCUAGAGAAUUUUGGCCAUCAUUCAAACAUGUUGUGGCAAUUGAGCAAACUUUUACUGCGAAGCAUUUUUGAGGAAACCGUUUUGCGAAUGAAUACACCUGAUGAGGUUUUGAAAAUAACAUCCAAUUUCCCAAGUGAUAGUCCCCCUUUACAAGUUUAUGCUAGUGAUCCUGCGGAAAGCUUGGGAACGGAAAAGGACGCAGCGACUUUGGGUACAAGUGCAAAAUUUAAAAACGUUUUACAACUUCGAACAUUGAAUUAUUAUCUUCAAGCGAAUAUUUCUUUGUUGCUAGCAACAGUUGUAAGAGCUUGUGUCCCAAAGAGACGUGAUCAUGAAAAUGAGCAGCUGAGAAGGGAUGGCGUGGAUAUACUAUUGAGCGUAGCCCAGGGCAUUACUGAUGCGUUUAAACAAAAAGUUGAGAAUUUAUACAUUUUGCAGUCGCAGCUUUUGGGAGUGUCCAAUGUGAUUUUAUACAUAUUGAAUCAAAGGGAGCGAGGCAAAGAUGUAGUGUAUACGCCAUUUGCAAUUGCAUUGUUCCAGCUUGGCUUUUACGACAAUCUUAACGAGGUGGCUAUAAAGUUGUGGGACGACUUGCUACAGAUGGAUCCCGAGGAGGUUCAAGCCACCACGGAACUCAAAUAUAUUGCUUCUUGUCCCAGCAGUAUUGUGAAGAAUGCUUUGAGUCAAAUGUUUAUGAUUUAUACAAGAUCUGUGAACGCGGACGAUCUAUCGAGCAUUCCAUUUGCAAAAGCGUACUUCCAAACAGGGUAUAAAUCAAACAUCGAAGUAGAACUAAUAUCUUCUUUUUUGAUUCAAGUACGUGGUAAGGCCCUUACGCUAUUGCACGACGUCAUUCUUCUGCCGUCGUGUAGCAUUCAUCAAGACAACGGCCGUUUUUCUGCUAAAAAUAUACCAUCACCAUUGAUUGAGCAGCUUAUCAAUAUAGCUACAAAUGUUUUUCAAGGCAGAAAGGAAAUUGUAGGCACAGAAUUCACACCUUUUGACCAAAAACUUGUACGUCCUCCAGAAGAUCAACUAGCUUAUCUCAUAUCAUUAGGUAUGACAGAACAUCAAGCUGAUCAUUAUUUUGAUCAUCACAAUGAUUUAAGUGCAUUAGACAAAGGCGUUCCAAUGAGCUGUCCUAUAUUUCAGGACUUGAAAGAGAGUGAUUGGAAAGAAUUUGCUAAACAAUUAAGCGCAGACGAAGUGGACUUUAGCGUGGACUUUCCACCUUUUGAGAAACUGGAGGAUAUACUAGCUACGAGGAAGAAAAUUUGGUCUAUUGAACCUUGGAUAGAGGUUGCAGUGUUGUAUCCAAAAACGACUUCUUCAAUUGCAGUUUUAUUUACCUCAUUAAAAAGUAAAGAUGUUUUCAGCUAUUUAUUAAAUCAAGCAGUUAACGAGUUACCAAAAACUAGCAAGGAUAGGUACGCGGUGUAUCUUCAUAUUAUUUCUUUGCUCAUUAGCUCUACUACUUUUUCAUUUAAUUGUUCCGCUUGUGAUAUUGACAAGCUUUUUGGACCAAGUGCAAUCACAGAGGAUACUGUUCAUGAAAAGUAUUUCCCAUAUUUAAUGUCCAUUUUUGAGCAGAAAUUUUUAUUGGAGGAUGUACAAAUUCCAGAAGACACCAAACAUCCUCACUUGAAAUUUACCGAGCAGUUACCACUGCAAAACUGGAAUCAAGUGAUGGCCAAUGUAUUUGACCAAAUCAAAGAGCUUAAAAACGUUACCGACAGCAGAUCAGCAAAUGGACUAGCUCGUGUUCUUGUUUUGUACUCCAAACAUUAUGAGUAUGCUUCAAAUAUUUCAGAAAUGCCGAUUAUGGGUGCCUUGAUGAAAAUCGUGAGGAAUGAGUCAAUUGAAAAACUAGUUCUUGAUUCUUUGAAAACGAGCAUGGUAAUGAUUAUUAGAGGAUGUUUUGAAUCGCAGGAAGUGGUUAGCAAUUACAUCAAACAUGACGUUGCGGGAAUUUUUUCUCGAAACUUUAAGCAAUCAAGAAGUUUGAAAACAUUGUUGAAAGAUAAUCUCUCUCUUGUGUUUAGAGAUGCAAAUAUCACGACAGAAGCUAUAAGUAAUCAGGUUGUUAUUGAGGGGUACAGUGGUUUGAGCCCACUAGGUUCUGACAUUAUAGUUUCAAAAUCAAAGAUUGAUUCGAGCAACGAGGGUGACGUUGAAAUGAUAGAUCAUGGACAUGCAAAGAGUUCUAAAACAGGAGCACUAAUGAGCCUUGUGAUGAGUGAAUUGAUGGAUGUUGUAAAGACUGAUUGGCUCUCAGAUCCCGAAGACGAUUCAACAAAGAGCAAAAACAAAACAAAAAGUAAAGUGGGGAUUUAUGCAAAUAAAAACUUUACCUACGCUUGUUUUCUUACACAAACAAUUGCAGAGUUGUUAGGUUCAUACAAGCAAGCUAAAUUCGAUUUUUUGACUUUUUCGCGUAAAGUCCAAGGUGAAAUCAAACUCAGACCGACAUCAUUGAAUUUUUUUGUGCAUCAAUUGAUUCCUACACAGCCAUUUGAGAAGAAUUCGGAUAAUGAAUAUGGAAGACGUUCAGCUUUAUCGUCAAUUGCCAAGGUAGCCUUGAUGAGUUUGAUAUCCACUUCGCUAGUUGAUUUCAAUACGACACUGACACUGACACUGACGCCGAAUCCCAAGAAAGAAGAUCCUGAUCUCGCGCUUAUUCGAAGGUUUGUUGUUGACUUGAUAAUCAAAGUGAUGAAAGAUACAUUGUCAUUGAACAAUUUGGCAAAGACUAGAUAUGGAAAAAUGGUUGAUUUAUUUGACUUGACAGGUACAUUAAUAUCUUCUAAGUUCAGAGAUUCCAUUGGGCCAUUGUUGGACAAGGAUUCAAUCAAGCAUGACUUGUUCUAUAUGACAAGAGUAUAUGUAGAAAAACAGAUGCUGAAUAUGCUUACAAGUUUGAUUUCGGAAUUUGAUUUAAACUUUCCCGAAAUUGAACAGGUUUCGAAAGCUGCUUUGAAACCAAUAAUUAUAUUGGGGAAGAACAAAGUUGAUUACCAAGAAUUGUUUGCAUUGGAGGGUCAGGAGGAAGCUGAUGACGAUGAUAUUGUUCCAGAUGAGGAAAAUGAGGAAAGAGAUGAAACCCCGGAUUUGUUUAGAAACUCCACACUUGGCAUGUAUGAUCUAGAGAUUGCCAGCGAGGAAGAUGAUUACGAUGAUGAGGGUGCCUUGGAGGUAAUGAUCCCAGGAGAUGACAUCGAGAGUGAUGAGUCUUCCGAGCUUUCAGCUAUUGACUCUGGUGAAGACGAAGACGAAGAAGAAGAAGAAGAAGAAGACGAAGAUGAUGAUCUGGAGGAAGGAGAAGACGAAGAUGUCGAUAUGGAAGACGAGGAGGGAGCAGUGUUAGACUCUGAGAGAAGUCUUGAUGAUAUUGAAAUUAUUGAUGAGCUAGACCUUGACUCCUCGGGUGAUAAUGAAGAAGGAUACUAUGAUUUAGACGAAGAAGAUGGUGCUGAAGACGAGAGAGAAGAAGAUGACGAAGGAGAAGAAGAAGAAGGAGAUGAGGGUGAUGGAGAAGAAGGUGUAAAUCAUGAUAGUUAUUGGGAAGAAGAUGGUGAGAGCGAAUACGAUGAGGAUGAAUUGGAUGGCUGGAUUGAAGAAUUGGAAGAUGAAAAUGAUGAAGAUGAAGAUGAAGAUGAAAUUGUUGCUGAGCUGCUUCUGGUGCCGCCUUUCAGGUCUAGAGUCGAUGCUUCAGAAAAUGAUGAAGAUUCAGAGGAGGAUCUUAGCGAUAGUGAGUCUAGACAAGAGUACGAAGUGCGCAUGGUGACACCAGAGAAUGGUUUGCGAAGAUUAUUUAACCAAGCAGGUUUGUCGCAUCUCGAUAGAAGUCCAACUUCGGCAUUUUCUUUAUUAGUUGAUGGAUUGUUCAGGGAGGGAAACUUUCGGGGUUCAAUUGAAAUAAGUGGGAAUGAAGAUGCCAGAGGGGGUCCCAAUACCAUCAGGCGUCUUUUUGAGAAUAUGAUGCAUCUUGGACAAGGCUCUAAACAAGUUGAACAUUUUCAUAAUAUCCAUAUAAAAUCUACAAAGGAGAGAUGGACAGAAGCUCUUGUGAUGUUUGAUCCUCCACAGAAAGACCGUAUGGUAGAUAGAAUCAUUCCAGGUAUUGUGAACAGAAUAGAGGAUAAGAGUAUUGAAGCGUACAACAUCAAACAAAAGGAAUAUGAAAAGAUCAAGAAGGAGCGAGAAGAAAAAAAGAAGAAAGCUAUGGAAGAGGAACAAAAAAGGCAAGAGGAAGAAGCUAAACAACGUGAGGAGAAUUUGAGUAAUGUACCACCAAGAGACCCUAUUUUUGUUAGGAUUGGUGAUAGAGAUGUUGAUAUAAGCGGCACAGAUAUUGAUCCGGACUAUAUAGAAGCAUUGCCCGAGGAUAUGAGAGAAGAGGUGCUUGCUCUGUAUGUUCGAGAGAGAAGAGCUAAUGCGUCUACUCAGAAUUCAGAUGCAAGGGAGAUUGAUCCCGAUUUUUUGAAUGCAUUACCAGGAAACAUUAGAGAUGAAAUUCUUCAGCAGGAAUCUUUUGCUCGAAGGUACGCCGCUUUGGAGGAAUCGCGAGAGGAUUUUGCGGAUGCAGUAGCAGACGAGGUAACUGAAGAAGACGAUCAUCAGGAUAAUACAUUGCAAUCAGGACAACAUCAACAUCAACAUCCCCAUACAGUUAACCAAAAAUCUCAGAAGCGUGGAAAGAUUUUUUUCACUCCGCUUCUGGAUAAACAAGGCAUUGCAGCGAUUUUGAGACUUUUGUUCAUGCCAUUAACCAUUCCUCAAAGAGAGCAGAUAUAUCAGGCUCUUCAUUAUAUGUGUUUCAACAAACAGAGUAGAAUUGAAAUAAUCAAUUCAAUGCUCAGCGUGUUGCACGAUACUUUUACCACUCAACGUCCAAUUCAGAAAGUCUUUUCUCAAGUUUACAACCGAGCAUCAGAUAAGGAGCUGAAGUUGAAGGUUCCUUUGAAUAGCACGCCUAUAUCAAUAGGAAUUCAGUUUAUUGAGUCAAUUGAUUUUCUACUUGAAAGGAAUAGCCAUUUAAGGUAUUUUUUGAUGACUGAGCAUGAGAACCCUUUGAUAGCCAAAAAAAUUGCAAAAAAGCCAUCGAGGGAAAGUAAGUUUCAAAUCAACUAUAUAUUGAAGCUAUUGGAUAAUAAAUUGCUUGUUGAGGAUCAGACAUUUUUGGAUAAUUUAGCUAGAGUCUUGCAAGUUUCCACACGUCCUUUGCUUGCGCUCAAAACGCGCGGAGAAAACCGGUCGUCUCCUCAAUUCCCUCCACCAUACAUUCCUGAAGAAAACUUUCGUCUUAUUGUUAAAAUUUUGACAGGGAAUGACUGUUCAAACACAACAUUUAGAAGAACAAUUAGUGCUAUGCAAAACUUUUCUGUAUUGGAAAAUGCCCAAAAGUUAUUUUCUAUUGAGUUGUCAGAAAAGGCGGCGUAUUAUGGAAAUAAAAUCACUGGUGAUUUGAAUAAACUAACACAAGAGUUGAUCACCGAUGGAAACUCAAGCAGCAAGUCCUUUUCGAAUUUUAGUGCACACUCGUCAGACCAAGCAAAAUUGUUGAGAAUAUUGACGGCUUUGGACUAUAUGUAUGAAAACAAGGAAAAAGAUCAAGGUGGUGGUAGUAGUGGCAAUGGCGAAAACGGUGAUAAUGGGGAUAAUGGUGAUAAUGGUGCUGGCGAUAAUGAGAUAGAAGAAUUGACCAAUCUUUAUAAAAAAUUAUCGUUGGGCUCUCUUUGGGAUGCACUUAGCGAUUGCUUAAGAGAGUUGGAGAAAAAAUCAGAGUUGACAAAUGUGGCCAAUGCAUUAUUACCGUUGAUUGAAGCGCUAAUGGUUGUAUGCAAGCACGGUAAAGUCAAAGUUCUUCAAGCAAAGGAUUAUUCCAAAUAUGAAGCAAAGAAGAUUGAUUUCACCAAGGAGCCAAUCGAGUCUUUGUUUUUUUCAUUUACCGAUGAACAUAAGAAGAUUUUGAAUCAAAUGGUUCGGGGCAAUGCCAAUUUGAUGAGUGGUCCUUUUGGAAUGUUAGUGAAGAAUCCUAGAGUAUUGGAAUUUGAUAAUAAAAAGAAUUAUUUCGAUAGGAAGUUGCAUGCUGAUUUGAAAGAGCAAACAAAGUUGUCAAUUGAUGUUCGUCGUGAGCAAGUGUUUUUAGACUCUUAUCGAGCAUUAUUUUUCAAAGGAAAAGAAGAGUUUAAAAAUGCAAAAUUGGAGAUCAAUUUUAAAGGCGAAAUGGGAAUUGAUGCUGGUGGUGUAACAAGAGAAUGGUAUCAAGUAUUGAGUAGGCAGAUGUUCAACCCUGAUUAUGCAUUAUUUACUCCAGUUGUAUUAGACGAGACAACGUUUCACCCCAAUCGAACCUCGUACAUCAACCCCGAACAUUUAUCAUUUUUCAAGUUCAUUGGCCGAAUUAUUGGUAAGGCCAUAUUUGAUAAUUGCUUUUUGGAUUGUCAUUUUUCAAGGGCAGUUUACAAAAGGAUUUUGGGCCAAUCACAGAUAUUGAAGGAUAUGGAGUCUUUAGAUCUUGAAUAUUACAAGUCGUUGAUUUGGAUGUUGGAAAAUGAUAUUACCGAUGUGAUUACUGAGACGUUCAGUGUUGAGACAGAUGAUUAUGGUGAGCAUAAGAUUAUAGAUUUGAUCGAGAAUGGAAGAGAUGUCGCAGUAACUGAAGAAAAUAAGCAUGAUUACGUGAAGAAGGUUGUCGAGUAUAAGUUGCUGACAUCUGUUGCAGAGCAAAUGGAAAAUUUUUUGAUUGGAUUUCACGAGAUCAUACCAAGAGAAUUGGUGGCGAUAUUUGAUGAGAAAGAAUUGGAGUUGUUGAUCUCUGGAUUACCAGAUAUCGACGUUCAGGAUUGGCAAGCAAACACCGUCUAUAGUAAUUAUUCACCAUCUUCCUUACAAAUUCAAUGGUUUUGGAGAGCAGUGAAAUCGUUUGAUAAUGAGGAAAGAGCCAGACUUUUACAGUUUGCUACUGGUACAUCGAAGGUUCCAUUGAAUGGUUUCAAAGAAUUAAGUGGGGCUAGCGGCACAUGCAAGUUUAAUAUUCAUCGUGAUUAUGGAAGUACUGAUAGAUUACCUUCGUCUCAUACUUGUUUCAAUCAGAUUGAUUUGCCUGCGUAUGAGAAUUACGAGACAUUAAGGGGAUCAUUGUUGAUGGCUAUUAGCGAAGGUCAUGAAGGUUUUGGAUUAGCUUAA